GCGUCAGCAGCUCUUCUCACCUACAUAGCAGUGACUUUUGCUCGCUGCAGGACCCGAUCGCCAAGAGACGUUCUCCGCAAUGUCACCCGAUGCCUCCAGCUACUGCGUAGACAUCGCAGAACCCUCAGCCCCAAGGUCUCGAGAUCGGUCACACGUGCAGGUAUCAGUCAUAGUAUUGAACUUGAUAAAAUUGUGCCAGCAGAGCGAGCUGCUUGGGCCGUGAGGACCAUACGUAGCGUGGAGGGACCAGAGGUGGCCGACACUGUGGCUAUGAUUGUUGCUAAUUGGAACGAA